GUGCCUAUCUGUCAACUACAGUGUGUUAUCGCGAAUAUGAUUGAGCGUGGAGGAAAAAAUUUAUGAAUACACGAACUGAGAUUAUCAAUGGCUUUACUGCGGACUUGGACCUGAUAUCUCAAAUUGUGCUUUGGACCCACGAGAGAAUACGGCAAGCUGCAUGUUCUGGAUAGAACCAAGGCAAGGAAACGAUCGGGAAGUUACGGAUCUUUGUUGUCCGGACAAGAGAGAGGGGCCCGAUUUCAGAGCAGCCAGUCUCGGGUGAAGUUAGCUAGCUAUCGCUACCAAGCAAGCAAGCCAGGUAGCUAGCUAGCCAGCCAGCAUCGUAAACCAGUUAGGAAGAGGAUAGUUCAGUUCUCUACAGGUUACGAGAUUAUUCGUACAAUUAUUACCUUUAUGAAUGAGAGCUCUGGGAAACUGAUACAUAUGGCAUGUUAUUUAAUUCGGAUGUUGACCUCUGUCGUUUAGACUUGACACUUGUCAACUAGCCACGAAUAGCUAGCUAACUAGCAUUACCUGCUUGCCAGCUAGCUAGCGCCUUCUGUCUUGCCAGCAACGCAAAGCUGUUGUUGUUCACGAGCUAACAGUAGCUAGCUACCAUUCCGGCUAGCUGCCUAUUUACCCUUUAAUUACUAUAACAGGGUUGCUAACUAGCUAGCUAGCUUAAAAAAACUGGUUAUAAACAUUUUGUUUUGGGGGCUCAACAUUGGCUGUAACGUUAUAGAUGUUCUUGAUAACACCCACUUUCUUUGUUGCGAUAGCUAGCCCCUAGUGGCAUUGCUCACUAGAUAACGUUAUGCGAACAAUAAGGACCCGGACACAGCUAGCCUGUUAACUAGCUAGGAAACUAGCUACAUCCUUAAAAUAUACAGUUUAGCUAACGUUACGUCCACAAAACAAAUAUGUUGUUUUCUUCUAAGGAGAGGUUAUUGCCAGAUAGCUCGCAAGGUUCGUCUACUAACCGUCUGUUGAUGAAACAACAGCAUUGUAUUUUAAAUGUAACUGAUGUUUUAAACUGUGACAGGUGUUCUGAUUGAAGCGCUAGCACAGUCCGAGUAGUCGGUGGUUAAAUCCAGUUAUAAACGGUAUUGAGGUUGGCAGUUGGAAAGAGGACUUCUGCUCACAGCUUGCUUUCAGCAGGGACGUUAUUUGCACCACCACCGGUACCCAGCCUAAUUCCUGUCCAAGGGAUGUUUUGGUUUUGAGCUGCACACCCUACUCCAACUCCUGCCAGCUCUCUAACUUGGAGGGACUUUUUAUUCAUUGUCCUAUCAUUUUUUAUGUCCUCAACUAUUGCUGCAUCAUUCAGACUUGCCAAGCUACAAAGGUUGUCAGGUGUGUUAACCAGUACCCUGGACCAGUAUCUCAACCCCACCUCGACACACAACACUGGGCUGGCCGUAGGGCUAAUCAAGGAUUCUGAACCGGAGGACCACAUACACUCUUGACUCUUCUAACUUCUCUGCUGGAAUAGACUAUAUUUCUCUCCAGCCCCUAUCCCCCCUCCUCACCCCCCCCUUCCUCCGUCCUCUCCCCCUCCUCCCCCAGUGUGUGAGGGUACAGAUGUGAGGAAGGUAGGAUGGGUACCCAGGGCAGCCCGGUGAAGAGUUACGACUACCUGUUGAAGUUCCUCCUGGUCGGGGACAGUGAUGUGGGGAAAGGGGAGAUACUAGACAGCCUACAGGACGGAUCUGCAGAGUCCCCAUACGCUUACAGCAGCGGCAUCGACUAUAAGACCACCACUAUUCUACUGGAUGGGAGGAGAGUGAAACUGGAGCUGUGGGACACGUCAGGACAGGGGAGGUUCUGCACCAUCUUCAGGUCCUACUCCAGAGGAGCUCAGGGGAUCCUGCUGGUGUAUGACAUCGCAAACCGCUGGUCGUUCGAAGGCAUCGACCGCUGGAUACGAGAGAUUGACGAGCAUGCCCCGGGUGUACCUCGUAUCCUGGUAGGUAACCGGCUCCACUUGGCGUUCAAGCGCCAGGUUCCUACGGAGCAGGCCCGGGCGUACGCUGAGAAGAAUGGCAUGACCUUCUUCGAGGUCAGCCCGCUCUGCAACUUCAACGUCAUCGAGUCGUUCACAGAGCUGUCUCGCAUCGUACUGAUGAGGCACGGCAUGGAGAAGUUCUGGAAGCCCAACAGAGUCUUCAGUCUUCAGGACCUGUGCUGCAGAGCGAUUGUCUCCUGCACGCCCGUCCACCUGAUUGACAAGCUGCCGUUGCCCGUGGCGAUAAAGUCCCACCUCAAGUCCUUCUCUAUGGCCAAUGGGAUGAAUGCAGUGAUGAUGCACGGACGCUCCUAUUCGCUGGCCAACGUGGCGGGCGGGUCUAAAGGGAACAGUCUGAAGCGCUCUAAAUCCAUCAAACCCCCCCAGAGCCCCCCACAGAACUGCACACGCAACAACUGUAAAAUCUCCUAGUAAUAGACCCUGUCUGGGGGGGAGGGGGAGACUGAGACCCUAAACACACUGAAACAGACCUCCUCCCUUCCACUGAGGGGACAGAGAAGAAGAGGAGAGGUUGCGUAGGGCCUGUGGGAGAACCAAGACUGAGACCUACUCUACACCCUGAGGAGGGGAGACACCCUGAAACAGACCCUUACCCCCUACCCUACACCCUGGGGAGGGGAGACACCCUGAAACAGACCCUUACCCCCUACUCUACACCCUGAGGAGGGGAGACACCCUGAAACAGACCCUUACCCCCUACCCUACACCCUGAGGAGGGGAGACACCCUGAAACAGACCCCUUACCCCCUACCCUACACCCUGAGGAGGGGAGACACCCUGAAACAGACCCUUACCCCUACCCUACACCCUGGGGAGGGGAGACACCCUGAAACAGACCCUUACCCCCUACCCUACACCCUGGGGAGGGGAGACACCCUGAAACAGACCCUUACCCCCUACUCUACACCCUGAGGAGGGGAGACACCCUGAAACAGACCCUUACCCCCUACCCUACACCCUGGGGAGGGGAGACACCCUGAAACAGACCCUUACCCCCUACCCUACACCCUGGGGAGGGGAGACACCCUGAAACAGACCCUUACCCCCUACCCUACACCCUGGGGAGGGGAGACACCCUGAAACAGACCCUUACCCCCUACCCUACACCCUGAGGAGGGGAGAAACCCUGAAACAGACCCUUACCCCCUACUCUACACCCUGAGGAGGGGAGACACCCUGAAACAGACCCUUACCCCCUACCCUACACCCUGAGGAGGGGAGACACCCUGAAACAGACCCUUACCCCCUACCCUACACCCUGAGGGGGAGAAGGAGAGGAGGUGAAACCUACUCUCUGUAUGAGGAGGAGACCAGACCUCUAUGGUCAACCCUCGUCCAUAGGAGGGGCUUGGCUGACCCCCUACCUCUGACCAAUGACGUGCCCCCUCCCCCUCGAGUGACUGCAAUCCACAUUUUGGUUUUGUUAAACUAGCCAUGGGCAACAAUUAAAGUCCAAAACCUUGACACACAAAGGCUGCGUUUACACAGGCAGCCCAAUUCUAAUAUUUGCCCCAAUUAUUGGCAAAACAUCUGAUCUCAUACCCUACUGAGUUCUAGUGUGUUUCCCCUCCCUUCCGCUCCUCUCCUCUCCUCUCCUCUCCCCUCCCGUCCCUGUUGAUCUGAGUAUUGCCUCCUGCCGUCCCAUGAUUCAUAUCUGUUAAAUAAUAGAUGUUCUCUUCAUGGAUCUCUGGAGCUUUUUACAUCUCCCUCACUCUGCCUGUUCUCUCCAUCUCUCUCUCUCUCUCUCUCCAUCUCCCUCUCUCCAUCUCUCUCUCUCUCUCCUUCCUCU